AUGCAUACCCGCGACUGGUUUCUGGUGUUUGUAUCCAUCUUUGUACCACCUGUUGCUGUUUGGUUAAAAAGAGGGUUUUUCACUAAGGAUUUCUUAAUCAAUGUUUUAUUAUUUUUCUUUGGAUUUAUCCCUAGUUUAAUACAUUCUUUAUAUGUUAUUAGUAAACAUCCGUACGAUGGACAUACCGUAGACUCAUCUAAUAUCAAUAAUCACAAUCAUAUCACUUCCUCUUCUUCUUCUAUUGAUACAAAUACCGAUCCUGCUAAUAUCACUGUAGAUCCUACUGGUAGUGGGUAUGGCUCAAUAGUUUAA